AUGGAUGUUACUGGGACAAAUACGCUCAAAGUUAUCACAGAGGUUCGCGGAACAAUGAUUCGAAGUGCAUCAGGCUUCUGUCGUUCGGCGAAUGUCGUCAGCCAGAUGGUACGCUGUGCAUCAGCGACAGCAGCAGCACCGCCGACCGGCAAACGCAUCAAAACAUUCGAAAUUUAUCGUUACAAUCCGGAGAAACCAGGCGCGAAACCCGAAAUGCAGGUCAGUUUUUUUCAGCUGUAG